GAAAACACAUACUUCAUAGGGGUCAGUUGAAAAAAUAUGGACACCACAGACAUUUCUCUAGCCAUCAACUAGUAUUAAAAGACCUCAAACGAUUUAAACACAAGUACGGUAUAGAAAUAUUUAAACACAGCGUUAUUUCUCGUCGUUUAAAUAGACAUUUGCAUACAACAAGCCAUAAAAGAAGGAAACAUUUAAAGAUGAUUCAGAAAAGGAUUUUACGCGAACAAAUACGUCAUCAUACACAUAAGCAUGCUCAUCUGUCUGCAUUGGGACAUGGACGCCAUCAUAUAGCUAUCCACGGACACAAUUAUCAAACACACGGACAUGUGAGCAGACAGAUGAUAGAAAGUCAUUCUGAUCUUACAAUAGCUGGACAUUACUUCAAAAGGUUCCACAAACUUGGUGUUAGAUUAAUAGGACGUGGAAUUGUUUAUCAUAAAAAUUUUUAUAAACUACGAUGUACCGAAAGACGACUUUACAUUUCAAUGAAGAAAUGUAUAAGAACAUUUGGUGGAGUUGGGGCUUGCUUUCCUAGACUGUAUGGACGUGGAUUGCUAGGCAAACGACACAGAUAUAAAAGAUAUGGUCGCGGGUUUGGUCUAGGUGUAAAAUUUGUAAGAAAAGGAAUUGUCUAUGAAAACUAUUAUCUUAAGUAUCAUGUUGUGAGAAAGACUUUCAUUAAGUAUAUGACGGUAUGUGUGAACAGUAAAGGAAGGACUAGCAAAUGUAUAGAUAAAUUACAGGGCAAAGGACUUCUUGGAUCUGCACAUUCAUUUGAAGUACACCAAACAAUCAGUCAUAAUUCUGCAACAAAACAUCAGUUUGUGCAUCAUAAUUCAGGCUUUGUACAUAUCCAUAAUAUUAAAGUAGACAAGCGGAUUUUUAGACGAUAUCGGAAACUUGGUGUUCGAUUAGUUGGACAAGGCAUUCUUUUUAAAGGAUAUUUUUACAGAAUACGUGUGGACUACACUACAGUUUAUGAGACACUCUGGUCAUGCAUGAGAAAACACGAUGGAGUUGGUGCUUGUCUUCGGAUCCUCUAUAAGAAAGCAUUGAUUGGGUCACAACACCGGUUCACAAAAUAUGGCAAAGGUUAUGGACUCGGGAUAAAGUUUGUAAGGAGAGGAAUAGUUUAUAAAGAACAUUUUUACAAGUUCCUGAAACGACGACGACGAUUCAUUCGUUAUAUGACGACUUGCAUACACAGCUAUCAUCAUACUGAUUUGUGUUUAAAUCAGCUGCAAAAACAGGAUAUUUUGAGGCAUGCUGUUACAUGGAGAGACAAACAUAUGCUUCCAAAGGUUACAUCAGAACACCUUGUUUUACACCGAAGCUCUUCCGAGUAUGGGCAUAUUCAUAAUAUUAAAGUGGACAAACGUAUAUUCCGACUCUACAGAAAACUUGGAGUUCGUCUAGUGGGACAAGGAAUUCUUUACCAUAAAUACUUUUACAAAAUCCGUGUUGAUUACAAAGUAUUUUACAAGACAAUUCGGUCAUGUAUUAGGGCAAAUGGUGGCAUACGUAACUGUCUUCCAAACCUGUACAAAAUACAAUUACUAGGUAGACGACACCGCUUCAAAAAGUUUGGCCUUGGAUAUGGCCUUGGGAUAAAAUUUGUCAGGAGAGGGAUAGUUCACAGAAAACAUUUCUACAAAUUUUUAAUACGACGAAGACGUUUCGUACGUUAUAUGACCACAUGCAUUCAUGAGUAUAAGCAUCCUGAUGUUUGUAUAACUCAAUUACAAAAACAAGGGAUACUAGGCCAUGCUUCCAUACAAAGAAAAAAACAUGGUAAUCACAGAAAAUUGAUCAAAGUAACGCACAGAAGAUUUUCUUACGACGGACAGGUUUAUCGAUUAACCUGCAGAAGAAGGCGUUUUUAUAGAAAAUGGAGCCGUUGCAUGAGGAUGUUUCAUAAUAAGGAUACGUGUUUUAGAAAACUCCAUAGUUUGUUUAUUCUGUAUUCCGAAGGACAUGAACAUCAUGAUGCAGGACAUACUUCUACAAAUAUUGUUGUUAGCCCGAUAUUUAAACGUUUCCGUAAACUAGGUGUGAGUUUAGUUGGACGUGGAAUUCUUUAUCAUAGAUAUUAUUACAAGCUUCGCUGUGAAUAUACCAAGUUUUAUACCAUUUUAAGACAGUGUGAAAGGUCUCAUGGCGGAGCCAAUGUCUGCAUAUCUCGUAUGUUUAGAAGAAAAUUAAUCGGUCGAAGACACAAAUUUAAACGAUUUGGCUAUGGAUUUGGACUUGGUGUUAAGUUUGUCCGAAAGGGAGUCGUUUAUAAACAUAGUUUCUAUAAAUUUCUCAUCAGACGACGCCUCUUCAUUCGUUACAUGACGACAUGUUAUAAUGAGUAUGGAAAUACGAAGUCAUGUAUGGCAAAGUUAGGAAAACAAGGGAUCAUUGGAGCUGCACAAUCAUACACAGAAGUAACCAAGCAGAGCAUGUCUCUCACUACUGUUUUGCAUGGAAUAAACCCCAAUGCGCACCACUUUGUUUAUAAAGGAAGUGCAUUUAAGUUAAGAUGCAGUGUAAAAAGGUUUUACAGAUUAUGGCGACAUUGCAAGCGGAAACACCACAAUGUUUUUGUCUGUUUUUCGCGGCUGCAUGGAUUGUUCAAACCUACAGAACUACAUGGUCAUGGAAAAUCUGGACAGGGUAUAAUAGGCUAUGGAGGAAUAAAGAUGGUUCAUGGCAAAAACAAUGUUGCUCAUGAGGUUAUUGGGGAUGAUGAGUAUAAAGGUACAGAUGAUACAAUUGGUCAUCAUAGACAUUCCCAUGUAAUACAUAGGCACAUUUAUGGUAGAUUGUUACCUCCGGGUGAUAUAUUAUAAUAAUAACAAACCCUAGGGACAAUAGUUCAUCGUAAUGAAGCGAGUGAUUAGUUUGGUUUUAAAAAUCUUUUAUCUUUUGUGUCAUUUGUUCUUUAAUCCUUGACAAUUCAAUUAAAACUUAAUCUAAAUUGCUAUCU